CGCAGUUGAAGAGCAGCAAGCAACGCAAGCAAAUGGCGAUAACAAUAACGAAUGACAAAAAUACGUCAAGGAAGAUUAUAACAAAGCAGAUGAGUCGUUAAGAACAAGAAAUAUCUUAAUCGUUAUGGAUGACAGCAAAAAGGCAUUUAUUGACCGGUUUGUGCAAUCAGUAGUCCACCAUGGUCCAUCACUGAUCACAUUGACAAGAGAUGAACAAGGAGAUGGGCAAGGUUCAGCCACAGACUUCCUUCAUCCUGCCACAGAGAACAGUUCUGCCUUGAACUACUUCAAGAACAGGCUUCAUGUAAGCACCCCCAUGGAUUCUAAAAGUAAAUUUUUGGAAGCAAUGAGUGAAAUAGAUCAGAAAUCUGGGAUGAAAAUGGGGAUGUACCACUUAUCAGAUAGUCAGCAAGACAUGAAACGAUGUGAAGAUGAAGAUUUCCACCUCAGAGUAAAACAACUCAUUGCCUCCAAGGCUGACUUGUUGUUCUCCAUGGAAGGAAAGGGUAAAUUAAGGAGAGGAAUUGACUAUGGCAUGCAUUCAAACCAAGAAGUGUUAGAUCUCUAUGCUGAUGCACCUCCUCUUGAAACACUAAUGGAGGUUCCUUUACAUGUCCGAAGGAAACGGCUGUUGAAUUGUUUAAAUGAAGGAGACAUUGUCAUUGGUAAGGUAGCUUUCAAAAGACCAUUUGGUAUCACAGUGACACUGACUAUGCUGGAGUUUGGUUGCAAAAGGGAUUUCACUGAUCUGGAUAUACAGGCCCAGUGUAAAGUAUCUGAGUUAAAUGAUUCAGAAAUGUCCAGGGAAUACAAAGAUCCUACUGAUGCUUAUCUUGUUGGUGAUGUUGUCAGAGGAGUAAUCACAAUUGUGAAUCAGCAAGAGGGGAGAGUCUUCAUUUCAUUCAAACAAUCGAGAUUACCUGAAGAACAUAAACACUUACAUCUGGGUGUUAUUGAUGAUCAAGAUAAAAGUGUUAAGAGGUUACUGAGUUAUCCAGAGGGACUGGGGUUUGAAGAACAUCUGAAAAUGAGCAAAGGCUUUAACAACCCGAGAAAUAUUGAUACACUCAUUGAUGUGCUUGGUAUUGAUACAUCUGCCCCCUGCUCCCUGUUAAGAGGAUUCCAAAGGUAUAAUUGUCCUGAAGAGGAAUAUGCAGAACAGCUAAGAAGACAACAAUCUGCCAAGUGGUCAAUGGAUACCACUGCCAAGGGAGUGGAACAUUUUAAGACAGGAAAUUAUGAUACUGCCUUGAAAUACUUCAAGCAUGCACUGCAAAUUGAUGGUAAAAAUGUUGAGGCAAUGGUGGCACAAGGAGCUCUGUUUGCCAACCAAGACCAGCUUACCACUGCUGUUAAGAAUUUUAAGGAUGCACUAAAAAUUUGUCCAAGCCACAGGAAUGCCAACAAAUAUCUCACAGCAACUCUUGUGGAACUUGGAAUACAACAAGAAAAAGAAGGUCUUUUGAAAGAAGCCAUGCAGACUUUCAAAGAAGCACUGGGACUAGAUUUUAACCAGAAAACUGCAAAAGAGCAUCUGGAAAAUUUAGAGCAACAAGUUAAACUGAUGGAGCAGAAGAAAUCACAGGCUGCAACAAGGGCUGACAAAGGGCUCAAGAGCAGAUUCAGUCAUGUGCGAGAGCUCAUACUGGAGGAACAAAGUCAGGCAAGGAAGAAACAAAAACGAAAACACAGAAAGAAGAAAACAGUUGAACAUCAGAAGAAGAAAAAGAAAAAGAAAGCAAGAGUGAGAGUUGGACAUCAUUCAAAGCAAUCAUCUAGCUCAUCAUCUCAGAGCUCAAGCGAAUCUUCCAGUAGUGAAAGUGAAUCUUCAACACAGUCAAGUGGCAGUGAUGAAUGGGUAGAAAGUACUGCAGUUGAAAACAAAACUAAAAUAGAUAAAAAGAAACACAAACAUUCUAAAAGACAACAGAGGUUAAGUCAGAAUGUGAGAGAAAGUCAUGUUCGUGCCGACAGGUCAAAAAACAACAAAUAUUCACGUGAAAUUCAUCAUUGGACUGAUUCUGAUUUAAUAGAUGUAAGCAAAAAACCCAGCCCAAGGCAAACAAGACUGAAGGCUGAAGAAAGAGAAAGAAGAAAAAGCCCUCAUCCUUUAAAGUCAUCUGUAAGUUCCAGCAUUGAUGGAGAGAAGGUGAAACAAUAUAAAGAUGAUAAAGAAUCAAUGGAAAGUAGAUCUAGAAAAAGAAAAAACAGUGAGCAAGAGUCUUAUAAACAAGAAAGCAAGGAUUCAAUGUGUUCAAAAAGAGCUCAGUUAUCAGAUAACAAUGGUUCUGCAUCAUCCAACAUCAGUGAGAAUUCUAUCACAGGAAUGCUGAAGAGAAUCAGAGAGCAUAGUGACAAAAAUGACAGGUUGAAGGAGACAAAUGCAAGAGAAACCUCAGGUGCCAGUUCAAAUUAUAAGUAUGCUGCUGCUACUGACGAAGGAAGUAGAGGAAGAGCACCCAGCUCCAAAAAGGAGAAGAACAAUGCAGAGAAAGUUAAAGAAGGCUCUGUAACUAAGGCACAAAAUGUUAGUGCAGUCCAUUUUCCUGACUCAACAGAUGCUUAUGGGAAUGCUAGAAGUUCGAAUACAAACACUAAAUCAAAAUUCCUCCAUGCACAAAAUCAGCAUAGUGAGUUCAUGUGGGACAGGAAACCAUCACUGGUUACUUAUGAGGCAAGUUCUGAUGAAGAACAAGUCACUUCACACAUUUAACAAUUAGUCUAAAAUAUUGUAUAUGGUGAAUUUGUUCAAAUGAAUCAGGAAGUGAUUAGUAAGCCUCCUAAAUUUUAAAUGUUACCAAUAAUGUCAAAUUUUAUUGCGGAGCCUUUAAAUGGGGGGAUUCUCAUUGCCUUGUCUGAAGAUUAUCACAGGAGUGGGUUAGUUUUUAUAGAGGGGAAAAGAAAAUAUCUGGAAAAUUACAAUUUCUGUGGGGACUUCUCACACACCCCAGCUUUCCCCAGCCUUAACCCUUUAACUCCCAAGAUCUGAUUGUUUCUUCUCCCCUCUAGCUGCUGCACAUUUCCUUGUAAAUUGUUUAUGAGAAUUUGGUGUUCAAUCAGAGUA